AUGGCCCCAAACCCACUAUUGAUCAACAACUCUGGCUGGAGACGCCUGAGCGUCGGCGUUAUUGGCGGCGGCAUCGGUGGCAUGUCUGUCGCCAUCGCUCUGCGCCGCGCAGGCCACGACGUGACGAUCUAUGAGAAGUCUGACUUUGCAGGCGAAGUUGGGGCCUCGGUGUCCUGCGCUGCGAACGGAACCCGUUGGCUCCAUGAAUGGGGGGUCGAUGUGGCCAAGGGCGACCCUGUAGUCCUCAAGAAGCUGAUCAACCGCGACUGGAAGACCGGCGAGCCCGUGAGCGUGUAUGAUUUGGAUGACUAUGAGAAGCGCUGGGGAUAUGUUUACAACAUGUUCCAUCGCCAAUACAUGCAUGCGAUGCUGAAGGACUCGGCUCUGGGCGAAGACGGCGAAGGACAGCCCGCGAGAUUAAUAGUGAACCACCGUUGUCGCGAUAUCGACCUGGCGACCAACACCAUCACCUUCGAGAACGGCGCAGUAUCUCAACAUGACCUGAUUGUCGGCGCCGACGGUAUCGGAUCUGCUGUACGCGGCAUCAUCGGUAUUCGUCCGGAGAAAAAGCCCUCCGACUCGAGCUGUCUGCAUGCCAACGUGGAUACCGAGGAAGCCGUCCGGUUGGGGCUGGUCGAUUAUUCGCAAGACAGCGCCUUGGAAUACUGGGGUGGCCAAGAGGGGAAGUGGGACAAGAUUGUCCUGUCGCCCUGCAACGGCGGCAAGCUUCUUUCCUACUACUGUUUCUUCCCCGGGAGAAAGGGGAUUAUUCGACGCAGGCCUGGGGGUCGGAGGCAUCUCGCGAUUGGCAAAGAGAUCCAGCCGUGGCGACUCUGGGUCCAUGAGCCGUAUCCCUACCUUCAGCAGGGCAGUAUCUGUCUGCUGGGGGAUGCGGGACACCCGAUGAUGCCACACCAGAGCCAGGGGGCCUGUAUGGCGAUCGAGGAUGCUGCGGCUCUGGGCAUCCUGUUUGACAAAAAGUACUUUAACGGCGACGUUGCCCAGUCGCUCGCGGUGUACGAGGAAGUCCGUCUGCCUCGCGUGACCCGGGUGCAAGCUGCCGCGGCCAAGGCAGCUUAUAACAUCAAUGAGAGAAUCGGCUUCUCUUUCAAUAAGGACAUCCCCACCUACAAAGUGGAGGACACCAAGAAAGUUCUGACCAUCGAGGAGAUGAACGCAUAUGACAUGUACAAGGACGUUGAAGAGAAACUGGCGGCCAAGCGGGGCAUAAGCUAUACAGACAAGUACAUCUGUGGAUUACCGGUUGGGUUGGAACUCCCUAGUGGAAUCACGAUCGGAGCAUGA